AUAUUUGUUACCGUAGUUACGCCGCGGAAGCUCUGCUGAUUUUCGACUUUCCUGUCAGUCGUUCUAAUAGUAAACUAUAGCUUUCAAAAAUGGAUAAAAUUGAAGAAGCGACGACGAGAGAAGAGGAAGAAGGCGAGGAGGAACAGGGAGAACAAGAAACCGAUGUCGAGAGCAAAGUAGAAGAGUUGAAAGCUGAAUUAGAUGCCGCGAUUCCACCAAUUGUUGUUCCAAUAAGCGAUGUCUCAGCUCAAAUCCCAAAGUUUGAUUUGUCAGAGUUUCCAGAUUCGUACAAAGAAAACUCUCCAAAAGAAAAGUUAGUUCUGGAAAACGCAGGAAAACUUCGUCGGCAAUAUGUACAUCUGUUCAGAGAUAGAAAACCUCUUUUCUUGAAUCCAUUAAAUGAAUGUGGAAUUGAGAAAUUUGUCUGUACUACGAUGCGUCCAACUCUUCUAAAAUUCAAGGAACUUUAUCACUGGCAAGGUUGUGCCGAGUUUGUGUCAGAUUACAUAACAAUGAUGCCUUGAUCCCCCAUGUGUGACUUGCACGACAACUUUUUAUUCUCGACACUAUUUUGAAACAGCAAAAAAAAUUGUUUCGACUUUAGCAACCUUCUUUCUCUUUUACUCGGAGCUGUUAUGAUGCGUACGUUGUCAGCUGUUACGCCGAUAAAAGAAGUUUGUCUUUAUGAUGAAUCGAGGGAGAUUUGUCCUUUGUUAAAGAAAAAAGAAGAGGUCAAAGUUGAACCUCCAAAACCAGAGCCGAAAAAAUACGCAGUUCGACCUCCACGCGACCUUCGUAGUAAAUUCAUCAUAAAAAUGGAGGAACGAAGGAAAAAACAGGAAGCUGAUGAAGAAGAAAAACAAAGAAUAGAAGAGGAAGAAAAAAUUAAGGAAGCAGAGAAACCUCCUCCAGACCCAUUAUACGGACUCAGAGUUCAUUCUUGGAUCAUGGUCCGUGGUGGGAAAAGGGAAGUACCUGAGGACUUCUUCAUUGAGCCAUUCACUGGAGUUGCUUAUUCUCCCAGUUCAAGUAAAUUUCUUGGGAUUGAAAGUGUUUGGAAUCAUCUUAAUUAUUGGGCGAAUAUGCAGGAAUGUUCUAAUGGAUGCAAGGAUCUAUCCUUCGAGCUCACAGACACCACCAAGUGGGAGUACAUGUUUAUCGGCAGCAAAGAACCGGGUUUGGAGAUCCCAGAUUUGGAGGAUGAAAUCGAUGAUUUUGAUGACCUUGAUGAGGAAGGAAAGGACGAUGAAAAACAUCUGGAUAUGCCAGCUUCCUGGGUCAAACGAAUCGAAAUUUCAGAGAGAGAUUAUGAUUCUAGGUGUCCUCAAGGCAAGAAGACAAUCCUGUACAAGAAAGCAAAACUUGAGAAGUACGCUCCUUAUCUACUGAAAGAAGGGUUGAUUGAGAGAUUGACAGUGUUCAAUAAUAAUGAAUUGACAGACCUACAAAGGGUUGAAGAGCGCUUUGCAAAUCGCGAAGACAAGCUCAAACAACGAAGGGAGGAAGGUGGCAUCAUCACAGAAGAAUUUGUUGAAGGACGCCCAAGGUCAUUAUGUGAACAUACAUUCAAAGCGAAGUCACCAAACCCUGAAUCAGAGAGAGUCAUGAUCUUUUAUCAUAGUGCAAGAGUUGACGGUUUAUCUAAAAGAGAAGAAACUCCAUCAGAAAUGAAAGAAUAUUAUGAAAACAGGGAAGAUUUCUUGUAUUUUCGACACAUUAUUUUUGGGAAAAGAGUUAAAAAACUAGCACCAGCUGUUGCAGAGGGACCUCCAAGGCCUAUACUGAGGAUUUCAGAAUAUUUCCAUCGCAACAAGGACAUCUUGGCAAACGCAGACAUCGCAGAAAGAAUUUUCAUUUUAUCCGAAGACAAAAUCCAGCUAUCUUUCCAUCGUGAGAACGAGAAUAUAACAAUGUCGACUCGCGAAUUUUUUAAACCCCCCAACGCAGAAGAAAAAACUGGGAAUCUACAGUGGACACCAGAUAUGACAGCUACCUUCCAGAUUGACACUCACGCUUCUCCUUCAAAACACUUGGCCGUGUAUGAUCAACUGGUGGAACUAAUACAAUUGGAACAAAAAAGCAUUCAGCUUGUUCGAGCAUCUGAGGAGGAAGUACGUGAAAUUCUGCUUGACAGACAGCGGGAAGAGAUGGCUCAUGAGUUGUCUAUAUCAGUCUACGACACAGAACGAAACGAGAAAGCUAAGAAACAUAGGAAGGAAUUGGAAAUCCAAGCCCAAGAAGAGAAACUCAGACGUCAAGAGAUGGAGAUGGAUUAUCUUGCACCGUUCCUGGCCCAGAUUGGUAACCCAGACAAAAUCACGAAGACUCAAGCGUUUAAGUUGAAGGAAGAUUGCAUGGCCGACUUGAAACAACGAUUGAUUGAUAAAGCUAACUUGAUACAACUUAGAUUCGAAAAGGAGACCGGUGAACUCCAUCGCAGACAACAGGAUUAUCAGCAGAAACAGGUUACCAUGACGAAAGAAGAUGAGGAAGAAUAUUUUAACUUCUGCUCAGAGGCUAUGUUCAGAAUUCACAUCUUGGAGCUCAGGUUAAACAGGCACAAACAGAUGGCUCCACACAAGUACAUGCAACUCGAGUCAAGACUGAGAGGAGAUCAGAGACUAUCAGGAUUCUUUUAA